UAGCCCAGACUGAGAUAUUCCAGCACGUGUAUCUGUGUAUAAUAUAGAGUUAGCUAAAAAUCAUUGUAAACUGAUAUUAAUUAGUGUCAGAUAUAUGUGUAUUGUUUAGUAGUAUAACGUGUUCCAAUGGGUGUUGUAGGGUUUUUUGGAAUAUGACAGCUCUGUCAGCUUCAAUAGCUAUCUGUACCAAUUAUUAUCUAAUGUCUAAUGAUUAGGUUGUUUUUGUAGAGAUUGUUUUAUACCUAUCCUCACUGACGGGGGCUUUUUUGUUUAAAACUACUAGGAUUCGUGAGGUGUUCGUCUUCAAAGUGAACUUUUUCCUCUCAAUAGUUAUAUUUACGUAAUACAAUUAAUAUUAUUCAGUGCUUCUCACAGUUGACUCAACAAAUAUGAAAGCACUCAUUUUAGUCGGAGGCUAUGGAACUCGAUUGCGGCCAUUAACAUUGACCUAUCCUAAACCGAUAGUAGAAUUCUGCAAUAAGCCACUCUUACUACAUCAAAUUGAAGCGUUGGCCAAGGUUGGCGUAAGAGAAGUUAUCUUAGCUGUUAGUAAAUGUGCUGACCGAAGUGAUAUCCUGGAAAAAGAAUUAUCAAAACAUGAGAAAAAAAUUGGUAUUAAGAUAACUUUCUCUUAUGAAACUGAGGCAAUGGGAACUGCUGGUCCAAUCGCUUUAGCUAAAGAUAUGCUACUUGUUGAUAACAAUCCAUUUUUUGUACUCAAUAGUGAUGUGAUGUGUGAGUUCCCUUUCAAAGCAAUUAUUGAUUUUCAUAAAAGUCAUGGAAAAGAAGGCACAAUUUUGGUAACCCAAGUUGAAGAACCUUCAAAAUAUGGUGUUGUUGUCUACGAUCAAGCCACUGGACGGGUAGAUCGUUUUGUAGAAAAACCAAUUGAAUUUGUUGGUAAUAAAAUCAAUGCUGGUAUAUACCUGUUAAAUCCUAGUGUUAUCGAUAAGAUACCUCUUCGUCCAACUUCAAUCGAGAAGGAGAUAUUCCCAGGGAUGGCAGAAAAUAAACAACUCUAUUGUAUCACAUUAUCAGGUUUUUGGAUGGAUGUUGGACAACCAAAUGAUUUUUUAAAAGGUACAAAUCUAUACCUGAAUUAUUUGAAACAAUCCAAUAAUGUCAAAGAACUUGCAACUGGAGAUAAUAUUCAAGGAAGUGUUAUCAUACAUCCUACAGCUGUAGUUUCGCCUACUUGUGUUCUUGGACCAAGUGUUGUUAUCGGAGCAGAUUGUGUUGUAGGCGAUGGUGUUCGUAUUCGUAAUUCUACUCUACUUCAAGGAAGUGUUAUUAAUGCUCAUUCUUGGAUAGAAAAUUGUAUUGUCGGUUGGCGGUGUAUUAUUGGACAGUGGGUAGGUGGUGGUUUAUCGUUAUAA